GACAGAACGGAAGUUUGAACGGUUGCUCUGGGUGAACUGCGACCCGCAUCGAAUUAUAACAAUAUUUUUCCCUCAGUGUUUUCCCAAAUCCCCCCCAUUUCCCCUCACCCAUGGCGUCCAAUUCUAACAUAGACAUCGAGGGAGCGACCCAGCACCUCCGGGACAUCCUGAAGCUCGACCGUCCGGGGAGCAGCGCCGAUAUGCAAUCAAGUGACGAUCAGAGAAAACUGUCCUUCAACGGAGAGCUGAACGGUUUACUGGGAGCAGGACUACUGGGGAGCAGCAUAUCUGAAUCCACCAGACCCAUUUCCACAGACGGCAGCGUCCAGGAGAGCCAGAGGAUCUGCCUGACUGGUGAUGAUGGGAGCACCUGCAUCCCCAUCGUCUUAAACAAUGUGGAGAUCGUGGCGAGCCAGGACUCAAGCAUCAACAGCAAGGCGCGGGGCAGCAACAAGGUUAAAAUUCAACCUGUCGCCAAGUACGACUGGGAGCAUAAGUAUUAUUACGGCCGACUGAUAGCCGUGUCCAACUCCUUCCUCGCUUAUGCCAUCAGAGGAGCCAACAACCAUGCUAUGAUUCGUGUGCUGAGUUUGGACUUCAGCGAGCGCUCCUUGCUGAAGGGCUUCACCGGCGCCGUCACAGAUCUUGCUUUCGCCCACCUCGACUCCUCUCUGUUGGGCUGCGUGGAUGAGGCGGGAAACCUGAUGGUCUGGCAUCUCACGCUCACCAGAAGCAAAAUACUGGAUCAGAUAGUGGUUCAUAUUCAGCGUUCAGAAGACGCUCCUCUGAACUCCCACAGACGCCUCAUCUGGUGCCCAUACAUCCUGGAAGACAGCGAGGAGAACCAGGAUGACACCAGCCAGACGCUGGCUCUCCUGCAUGAGGAUGGGGCUGAGGUUUGGGACCUUGAAGUUUUGAGAGCCAAUAACAGCAGUUGGCCAGUUGAUGCCUCAGAAAUCAAAGAUGGCCUCAUUAUAGUCAAAGGACACACACAGAGAGUCAGUGAAGGAGCUCUGUCCCCUGAUGGGACCGUUUUGGCUACAGCGAGUCACGAUGGUUACAUCAAGUUCUGGCAGAUCUACAUAGAAGGAGGACAAGAUAAGCCCAGAUGUCUCCAUGAACUCCGACCUCACGAAGGACGUCCGCUCUCCUGUCUUCUCUUCUGUGACAACCACAAACGGCAGGAUCCAGAGGUUCCAUUCUGGAGGUUUCUGAUAACUGGAGCAGACCAGAACCAGGAGUUGAAGCUGUGGUGCACAGUUUCCUGGACCUGCUUGCAGACCAUAAAGUUUUCUCCAGAUCCAUUCAACUCUAUGGUUCUUCCCAGUCUCAAGGCCAGUUUAGAUCUCGCUGCUGAAUACUUGAUCCUCACUGAUGUUCAAAGAAAGGUCCUCUAUGUGAUGGAGCUGCGGCAGGACCUGGAGAAGGGCAAAGCGAGCUUCACGGCCGUGUCGGAGUUCCUUCUGACCCACCCUGUGCUCAGCUUCGGGGUGCGUGACGUGACCCACAGCCGCCUGAGGCACACCGAGGUUCUGCCAGCGGAGGAGGAGAGCGAGAGCAUGUCGACAGAGGGCACUCAAGGACCUGCAGAGUCCAAAUCUGGGAUCCAAAUUAAACUCUACUGUGUUCACACAAAGAGUUUGCAGGAUGUCCAGAUCUGGUUUCAGCCCAACGCAGGGUUCAAUACGUCAGGUUUUCUUCCCCACUCUGACUCCCAAGAUGGUUUUGCUGGGUUUUCAGACCACCUCACCGACCAGAGCUCCGACAAAGACUCUAGAAGCGGUUCGCAGUCCGACCUUCGGAAGAUCCCCUCACUUCCUGUACCCUCUGACUUCCUGUCUAACUCUGGACCAUCCGGUGGGCCGAUGCCCAAGCUGAUGACCCCCGACGCCUUCAUGACACCAAGCACUUCGGUUCCUGCGUCUCCUGGCAGCAGCGCCAGCAGUCUGACUAUUGUUACAGCCAUCAGCAGUAACUCUGACUCAACAAAUAGAGCCAUGGACGAUGUCAGUCAGAGUCCUAUCAGAGGAGAAAACAAUGGCGGCAGCAGUUUGGGACUCUCUGUCGCCACCAGCAGUCCGAGGGUUGCACCUGCAGUUCUGCUGACGGGCCUGGAGAACCUGCAGGCUCUGGCUUGCCCCAGCAGCCCUCUGGGCCUCGACUCACCUCAGGUCCCAGAUUCUCCCCUGCUGCCGCUGCUGGCUUCGCCGACCAGGGCCCGCUCCCCAGACGUCAUCUCCUCUGCCUCCACCGUGAUGUCGCAGGACAUGCCAGAGAUCGCGACGCAGACGCUGCAGCUGCAGCGCAGCCACGGCCUGGAAGCCCUGCAGCUUCCUGCACUGCAGGCAGACAGCAUGGCCUCCGCUGCAUGUGCCCUGCACCUCCUGACGUCGCCGCGCUCCGCCACCAACAACGGUUUGUUGCCCCUUGAACUCGGAGGUGCUGAGGGGUCGUCAAUGGCAGACGAUUCGGAGUCCAGACUCGGUAACAAACCGUCUCUUCUGGAGAACACGUUGUCGCAGGAAAACACUGGGGUCAGCGGAGGGUCGUCGGAUGGCAGCGUUAGCCACACGUCAUGGCCAGCGGCUCCAGACAUCACCAGGGAAACCAGGAACAGCCUCAGGGACAACGGGCUGGGAGAGUGUUUGCGAGACGAGUCGAGCGAGCGCCGCCUGAGCUCUCCUUUCCACCGGCGCUCCUACCACCUCCCCCAGAAUGACAGCCAGGAUGUCGGCGCUGACCAGAGCGAUCCUGAUGACGAGAUCGCCAGCCUGGCUUCAUCCUCUGGGAACUGCGGCUCUCGCUCCUCUCACAGGAUGCCAGUGAAAGACUGGAAGAGCUCGCCACGAGCCUCGCCGAAACUGAAGAGGAAACUCAAGAAAGAUGACGGUGACUCUUCUCAGCCCAGACACAUGGAUCCUGGUCAGUUUAACACAGAGACUCAGGAUGAGCUCCUGAUGCUGCUGCGCAGCCAGCAGAGGGAGCUAACGGAUCUGUGUUCUCUGGUGGAGACCAUGCCGGGAACCAUCAUGGCGCAGGUGGAGCACGUUCUGAUGAAACACCAGGAACAGGAACAGCGCAGACUGGACCGAGCUCUGGCUGAGAAUCAGAGCCGCCAGCAACAGCUUCACGAGCAGCUGAGCCAGCAGCUGAGCCACGCCCUCAGCACGGCGCUGACCAACAGGAUGGACAAAGUCCUGAGAGAGGAGCUAAAGAAAACAGUACCACAAACCAUUUCUAAGAGUCUGGAGCCGGUGACAGGGCAGCUGAACAACUCGAUCGCCGCUAAGAUGGCUGCCGUGGAGGUCACAAUUAAGGACAUCGUUAUCAAAGUGGUCAAAUCCAAGAACACUACGGACGCCAUGGGCCGGGCCGCGGCGGAGGCCAUGCAGGGCCCCAUCCAGGCCGCCUACAAAGACGUCUUCCAGAGCACAGUGCUGCCCGUGUUUGAAAGAGGCUGCCAGUCCAUGUUCCAGCAGAUCAACGACAGCUUCAAGCAGGGGACGCAGGACUACAUCCAGCAGCUGGAGGCCCACCUGAAGAGCCGGAAGCAGAGGGAGCAGGAAGCGCGGGACCCCGUGAUCGGCCAGCUGCAGCAGACGAUCGACGGCUUCCAGAGCUGCACCGAUCAGCUGGCCAGCAGCGUCUCUGCCGCCGUUCGAGCCGAGGUCCAGCACCAGAUGCAGGUGGUGGUGGGGAACCUGCAGGAGUCCAUCCUGAGCCACUUGCAGCGCAUUGUGAAAGGCGAAGUGAGCCUGGCGAUGAGGGAGCAGCAGGCCGUCGUCACCUCCAGUAUCAUGCAGGCCAUGCGCUCUGCCGCCGGGACGCCCGUCCCCACCGCACACCUCGACUACCAGUCGCAGCAGGCGAACAUCCUGCAGCUGCUCCAACAGGGCCAGCUCAACCAGGCCUUCCAGCAGGCUCUGUCUGCGACGGACCUGAACCUGGUUCUGUACGUGUGUGAGACCAUCGACUCCCAGCAGGUGUUCGGCCAGACGCCGUGCCCCCUGAGCCAGCCGGUGCUGCUGUCGCUCAUCCAGCAGCUGUCCUCCAACCUCGCCACGCGCUCCCAGCUCAAGAUCAGCUACCUGGAGGACGCUGUGAUGAAUCUGGACCACAGCGAGCCGUUGACCAGGGACCACAUGUCGUCGGUUCUGGCCCAGGUCCGAUCCAAACUGCUGGCCUUCCUGCAGCAGGACCCGCACAGCCCGCUCAGCAAGCGGGCGCGCGGCCUGCUCCUGAUGCUGCACGGAGUCGUCAACCACUAGGCCUGCAGGCGACCUCCAAACGAAUGUUUUAGUGCUGAAGCUUCAGGACGUCUGCCUCCUGAUCUUUACGCUAAAAAAAAAGAAAAACAAAAAAAAGAGAAGAUUUUCAGUUCCUCCCUCCGCUGGACGCCGAUAAUCAGGACAGGUUUGACAUUCCGGUCGCCUUCAGCCGAACGCGGAGACGUCUGGCCUGGAAAUGUCGCCUUAAGAGCAAAAAGCUGACCUUUUUUUGUUGUUUCUGCGCCGGGGAAUUCAGCGAAUCCUGCAGCCCAUCAGGGCGACCACAGGCACGCCGGCUCCCCGAGGCAUCCUAUAUUUCCUCUCCGUUAUUCCCUAAUUGGCUGGAGGUGACAUUCACGCCCCCAACUCGAGAAUCCGCUCAUGUUCAUGGAGAUGAUUCCUUUUUCUUUUUCAGGAUUUAAUAAGGUUAUUCGUUUAAAAUCAGGAGCAGUCCAGGAAUCCAUCACCGUCCACCACUUGUUUUUUAUAUGAAGAGCAUUUAGUAUUUGUAAGCCAUGUAUACUUGCUUUAAAUCCCAGAGUAGCUUAAUAAUAAUAAUAAUAAUAAAACCUUAAACGGGAUUAUUACUGAUAAAUCAUCAGGAUGUUUGUGAACUGAAUGUGCAGUUACUCCUCUUAGGCUAUAGGGGGCAGCACUCACUUGGACCCUUUAUUUUCUACAGAAAAGAAAUCCUGUUUCUUUUUUUUUGUUUUGCAGAAUAAACUGAGAUUUCUGUUAAAUAUUGGAGCUGUUUGACUCACAGGGUAGAUUUGGAUUGUAAAAUAAAACAAAUUCAUCUGGGGUGUUUGGGAUCCGUCGGACCCGUCUGGAAAGUGCCUUACUGCGUUUCAUCCGUUCCUGACGGCGGCUGGGGCCGGACCGCAGAGGAGAGCAUGGACCUUCUGUUGACAAACAUUUUGGUUGAGAACGAGAGAAGCGGCGGUUCUGUUCUGUUUUCGACUACUAGCAAUCUGCGAAGUUUUUCCUCCUCUGUCUCUCCGUUGUGUUUGUUUCCUCCGGUUUGGACGGCUCUGUUUAUAGUUUGUUUUACCCUCAAACGUUUUGGAAUAAAAGAGAAAAUGUUCA